UAACGCAAAAAGUUGGAAAUUAUUUAGUACUGCAGCUAUUAUCGUAUGUCAAAACAAACAAUGAAGCGAGGGAAAACUAAAUCGGAUGUUUCGCUUACGAAAGCGAAGUCUGACAUACCACAAACGGAACCAGAAUAUAUGCCUCCCCUGGAUGUUCUCAGUAUAAGAGUCCUGUGUCUUCGUGUACCAGACGAUAAUGCGAAGAAAUUUGCAAUUAAAGUCACGUUCUACGACCAGCUGUUGAUUUCCUCUAUUAUAACAUCCGUAGGACACAGGGAUCAAGGUCAAGAAAAAACCAUAGCAAAGGGCAUAAUGAAUUAUGACCCUUCAGAUUAUGAGAAAAUGUGUACUUUCGCUGAUAACCCGUUGAUAAUAAAAAUUCAGUCAUUGGAUAAUAUAGAGUCUAAUGUUUUACACGAAGAUACUAACACUGAAAGCGAUCCAGCGAUUAAGCGUACAUCGAAAUCUAAGCCUAAAUUAGAUGUUUAUUGCUGUAACAUUGAUAUAACGUCAAUAUUUAUUGAUAGAAAUAAAUUAUGUUUACGACAGAGAUUGCAACCAAUGAUUAAGCCAACAGCAUUGCAAGCCAAAAGCUGGGACAAUCUCCCAUUGAUUACUUUAGAAGUGAUAGCAUACCGCAAUCCAGCCAAUAAGCAUCAUCAAUCAAUCCUGAAAAAGGCAAAUUUUAUGAAAUUUACUCUUAUUGGAGGAUUUAAUAUGCGCGUUCCUUAUGACGAUGAAUUUGUGUAUACGGCUGCUACAAGGAUGCCUUUAUGUAAUGAACAGAACAGUGGACUCUACACAUUUAAUCAAGGAUAUAGGAUACCGACCAGGUUUAACAUUUUAAACUUUCAUGAAAAUUGGGAAAGCCUUAGGUUGGGUGACGAGCGAUUUACGGAAAAUAAUGAAAAGUUCUAUGGAAGUCUUGAAGACUUUCAAAACGAAGACAAAAUCGACUUGAAUUAUUACGUUCGAAAUCAACCUAAUUAUUAUGCAACAAUUUGGGCAUCCUUUCACAAAACUCUUUUGCUGGGAGAAACAGAGAAGUGGCUUUCUGAACAUCUGCGUAGAUACAAAUGGCCAUUAGAAGUACAUUUGUACGGGGAAAAUUGCGGCUAUAGUUUUAUGGGGUUUAUCGAUUUAUUCAAAUUACUUUAUCCGGGAGAGAAUACUGCACGUAUUGUGGUUCCACUACAGUGGGUCAAUGCUGAACUAAUGCUAGAAAAGUGUGGUUGUGAGUCUCUCUUACCACCCAAUGAUAAAACGCCUUCUGCCUUUAUUACAGUACAAAAAAGUAGCAAGGCAACAACGGAAUCACUUCCAACGAGUGCUAAUACGGAUACUUCUAAAAUAUUGGUACCACAUCCCACAGGCAGUGAUGAUAAUCCUGCUUUCGUUCUUAUAGAAGUCAAAUUAGCCAGGCCGUUCAAGAAGCCAGCCAUACCUCCAUUCAUUUCACAACCGGAACUAAACAAAAUGUUGAAUGAAAUGGAAACGACACCGAUAAAACGGGAAUGCACGGGACGUGGACAGACAGACAGAGAUUGGUUGUCGACAAUAAAAUUAGCAAACACUGCGUUAAGAAGAAUGCCUUACUAUGGUACGACAGAUAUUUGCACAAUUAAUCGACAAUUGGGUGGAACUCGAACUCGAUUAGAAGUUUGGACAUCCUUUUGGCAGGAUGCAGCGAUAUACGUCAACAAUAAUUUUGUGAUUAGCAACUUUCUUGAAACUGAUGAAAAAUUUAAGGAAAUGACGAUGAUGGCACACGCGUGUCUGAUGCGAAUCACCAAUGAUUUCCUCCUCAAUACUGAUUACCACCAAGAAUUGGAUUCCACUCUCCGUGCUGCGAGACACGCUCGCCAACUGAAAGAUACGUCACAUGCCACUAAACUGUAUUUGCAGACAGUAGUCAAGAAUCCCCGAGAUGCAGACCUUUGGCGCGAGCUGUCUACUUGCCUUCAGGAUGUUGAUUUCAGUAGAGCCAACGUUUGCAUUAACAAGUCUAUUCUAGUAAAUCCCAGACAUGCAUUAAGUUUACUAUCAAAAGCAUGUAUGGUGUUUGAACGCGAUGCGGAUGCUGCAGAACCUUUCUUCGUAUCGAUUCUCGGACUGUAUCCCUUCUGGACAGUGCUGUGGGUAGCUGCUAGCGCAUACUACUGGCAUAGAGAAAUGUUUCAUAUGGCUGCGGAAAUCAUGAAAUACGCUAGAAAAACAGAAGCAGAAGGCCUAGCAGAAGAGUUACGCUAUCCCCGUGCGUGGGAAAGAGAGCUUGGUGAUUGGUGGGAUCAAACACCGUUGCUGCCAGGAACGAGCCGGUAUUAUGAUGCCGCUGAUUUGCUCUUACGUAUUCGAGGUGUAGAGUUGGCAGAGGUAUGCCUUGCAAGAGCACUCGCAGAGGUUGGAGAAUCGCCGGUGUACUACCACUUGCUGGCUCUAUGCUGUCGGUUGCGUAAAGACGUAGAUAACUCAUUAUGUCACAUUAAAUCAGCUUUGGAUAAAUUUGGUGAAAUUAGUUAUUUGCGGAGUCUUCAAGGCGAGUGUUACCAUAAAAAGAAAGAUUUGGCUCAAUCAAUGUCCAGCUUUGAAAAAGCUGGCGGUUCCCUUAGCGCGUAUAGUAUCCUCCUAUCACUCCCGCGCCGUGAGCCGCAGCGCGUCAGAGCAAUUCUGACGGAUUUAAUUCGCAGACAACCCAGUGCUUACGCAUGGAUGGCCCUUGCAGACGAUUGGAUGAUUAAGAGUAGCGUGGGCGAAGGGGGCGAUGCAGGUGCCACCGAAGAGCAGAGCACCGCGCUCGCCUGCGCGAAAGCGUGCGCAGUGCAGGCGUUGAAGCUGGACCGGCAAUCAGGUCGCGCGUGGAACAUGCUGGCCCAAACCGUGAAGCCCAGCGCGCGCAGACUGCACUGCGAGAAUAUGGCUUCACUGUGUGGCUACGGAAAUCAGCCUGGCGAAAAAAUGAAUUAUGAUACGGAAUCAAAACAGUCACUAUGCUAUCGUAUUGGAAAGGCUUUGCGAGAAUGCAGAUGCGAAAUGUGUGAACCGUUAAAAAUGUAACUGUA